UUCUGAUGCUGGUAGGAUUUCUUGUAUUUAAAUACCUGACGCAUCCACCACCUGACCUCUCACGUGAGCUAAGAACAUGGAUGAAUUCUGGAGAAUUCUAUGAUUUCCAUGGGUUUAAAAUAUUCUUCAUAGACAGAAAGGGGUCUGGAGUAGGCGGAACUCUCGUUGCAUUACACGGUUUCCCGACUUUCAGCUACGACUGGACAAAGAUAUUACCUGGCCUGGAGAAGCAGUUCAGUAGAGUAAUACUCAUAGAUUGCCUGGGAUUUGGAUUAAGCGAUAAGCCGACCCAGCACAAUUACUCAAUUUUCGAACAAGCGGAUGUUAUAGAAGGUCUUCUCGCGUCUCUCCAUGUUAAAGAUGCUCACCUUAUAUCCCACGACUAUGGCGACACCGUGGCUCAGGAGAUGGUAGCUAGAUUUAAUGAGCGAGAGACAAAAGAUGGACUUGGAAUUUUGUCGCUGUGUAUGUUAAACGGUGGUGUCUUUACUGAAACCUCACACCCAAGACCUCUUCAGCUACUUCUAUUGCGACCGUGGCUAGGACCGAUUCUUGCCGGCUUGGUUCCGUAUCAUUUGUAUAAACACGGAUUUAGUGAAAUCUUCGGACCGAAUACUCAACCUACCUCUGAUGAAUUCUGGGAGUUCUGGACGGGAAUCCGAUACAAUCGUGGGGAGAGAGUCCUUUACAGGAUUUUACAGUAUAUUCCAGAGCGUUAUGCAAAUGAGGAACGAUGGGUCGGGGCUUUGCAAAGUACAGUUGUUCCAGUUCAUAUGAUAUACGGGCCCGCAGAUCCAGUGAAUCCACCCGAGUUUGUUACACAUUACAGGAAAGUAAUGCCAAACCCCAGUAUAUCCGUCCUGCCUGGAACCAUUGGUCACUAUCCACAAUGGGAAGCCCCAGGCGCUGUUCUGAAAUCCUACGUUAAGUUCAUAACCGGCUUGCCUAAACAUUGAAUGAACUAACAGUCCUUAAAGUUGAAACUCUGCUUAGAGAUUAAAUCCAAAUUUAUUAAACUUAAUUAAACUUAAUUAAAACUUAUUAAACUAGCUCAUAAAUUAUAUGUAGAAUUCAUAACAAGACCAUCUAUGCAAGAAAAUCACAUAUAUGCGAUUCCCUGAAAUUUCACAACUCUCAAGAAUCAAGUUUUUUUUCAGUCUGUUAUGAAUGUCGCGUAUAAGUGGCAAAUUUUCCCAGCAAAACACUUUGACAUAGACUAUCUGUACUGAGACUACAUCAUUAUGCUGCACGCUGCAGGUAAACUUGAGAUACACGUUUGGUUGUGUGCUUUAUCUGACAGAGUCUGACAUUCCAGUUCAUAAAAUGACCGCCAAAUUAUACAUAUCUUAGCAAGUAGAUUCCCAUGCGAGGUAAAUAUUCAGAAAUGGACGUUGCUGUUGUAAUUGGAUGAUCUUCAGCCAUAUGAGAUCACUGAGAAAUUUUCUGCAUCAUUCAUUUUUAUCUGAAGAAAGGUGUAUAUCUUUUUGUUUUCAUGUUACUGUUUGUUAAAUGUGAUGACUGCACAUGGAUUUGGAGUAAUUUUAAACCGGUGUCGUCUGCUGAACUGUUAUUAUCAUCGCAGCAUUUUUACCUAGUUCUGCCUAGGCCUUGGUUCUUGUAAGUUAUUUCUAUUUCAAUGAACCUGUUUUACAGAUCAUGUGUCUCUGUUUAAGAUAAUCGUAAAUUAAUACACAAAUAAUCUCCCACUAGUUAUCAGUGUAGUAUAAAUGUGCCUGAAGGGAAUGACACUAUUAAUCGGAUUCCAAAUGUUUACUUUGGUGCGUUAUUUGAUACCACAUUUUAUGCAUUUCAUGGUGCUAUAAAGAUUACAAGAAGAAGAAAACUGAGGGUUUUUUUUAGUGCAGUGUCUGGAGCAGUGAAGGUGCGUGGGUAAUGUGGAAAAGGUUUAAUGAAAUCAAGAUUCAUUUUUUUUCUUUCAAUUCAUCAUUUUAACGUGAACAAAGACGUGGACCAUCAUCUCAGAUUAGCUUGAUUGAACUGUUUUGUCUGUGUUUAUUAGCAGUAUGCAAACUCAUGAAAAUUGGUCGAUUUGCUAAAUAUGUAGAUGAUAUGCACACGCGGCCAGUUUGCCAUGACUUUUUAAGUGUGCUGUGCACUGAAAUUCUAUAGUUACAUAUUCAGUUUUUAUCCGCGAGUGCAAGCCAUCUUUGGGGAGUUGCCCCUUGCCCCCUAAAAAAUAUUCAAAGUGAAUAUAGACAGUGAAUGUAUUAUCCUCUCCCAAUCAAGCACAUGUCAACUAUAUAUAGAUGAAGGACGUGUAUCAGUACAUACAGAUUACCAUAACUGUGACCCAGUAUGAUGAAUCAGCUCAAGUUGUGGGCUUAAGUCGAUUAUCUAAAUAGGUAGUAUUCAGGUGAUUCAUAUGUGCACAAUGAUAAGAUUGCUGUACGUAUUGACAAAUUAAAUGAUCUUAACUCUAGAAGAUGCGCAAGUGCAACUAUGUAGCAACCAUUGUUAAAACAUACGUGGAAUUUCAAUUUGCAUUGUAGGGAUAUCAUAACUGGUUUCUCGUAGUUCUAGUGAUCUAGUG